AUUAAUUAAUUAAUGCUGUUUGAUUGUUAAUUGUCAUUGUAAUCGCGACUACUUCAGCAUUAUGUACAUUUUAUGGCUAUCGUUUCUUAUUGUAUAUGUUGCGAUUUGUGAAGCUCAAUUCUUGUAUCAUCAAUCAUCUGGAAUUGGUGGCAAUCCAUAUUAUCAGUCGUCUGGUGCUGGGCAAUUUGCCCAUCCGGCUGUAGUGGACAAUUCCUUGCGGGAGUCGCAGCUUCCACCUGAACUUUCGAAAAGUCAUCGCUUCUUAAAUAAUCCACAUAUUGCGGCUGCAUUAGCCAAAGAUUCAUGGUUUACCGGCAACGAAAUGCCAGUGUUUGACCGCGAAGCUGAAAAGAUACCACGUGAUAUGGUUUACAAAUUAUUUAAAAAUGCCGGUUGGAUUAAGCGUAGAUAA